CCUGAAUUGCCACGCUGAGCCUUGGGUUCCUGCGUGACACUCGUGUCCACCUCUUGGCGGUUAUUUUGGCUUCUUGCCUGGGCUCACCGAGUGAGAGCCUUCAGAGUCCAGGUCCCUACGGAGGAGGCGCCAGGGGAAUGGUCAGCCCAGUGCAGAGGUGCCUCUGAAGUUUGACCCGCUUCGAGCUGGAUCGGGGCCUCAGAGCCUCCGUAGCAUCCGCUCAGCCCACCAGUCCCCAAGGAGCUGAGGCGCCCUGCUGAGACGUGGCCAUUGCCUUCUCCCAGGAGGAGUGGGGGCUCCUUGAUGAGGCUCAGAGACUUCUGCACUUCGAUGUGAUGCUGGAAAUCUUUGCCCUUGUAGCAUCUGUGGGAAAACGCCCAACAAAGUGAGCCACACUGAUCAAGACGAAUUGACUCUUUUUUUUACAAGCGGCUACCCCAGGUGAUAUUCAAAGGAAGGCUCAUCUCUCCAGACACCUGAAAGGAAUCCUGUCCUGGGAGCAGUGUGCAUUCUUUCCAUUUGGCCACUACUGGGAGAAGCUGCAUUGCCUGUGUAUGGAGCAUUCUGAGUUGCACAGAGUCAGAAGGAAUGUCUCCAAGCAAGUGAUCAGUUGCGGACCACACUCCCCAGACACCUGGAACCGCCCCUGAAGGUGUCAUUUCCCAACGCCACUAGCUGAGUCACAACCUCUUCAUUCGCUGUUGUCAGUGUGUGGAACGCUAACAUCCCCUGUGCUGCUGAGGAAACUACAUUACCCAGAGGGCAAUGCAAACAAGGACUGAUUGUGGUCCCGAACUGACCGGGGAAGGGUAUUCAGUGCGUGCGUGUCAGGUUAGGGCGGGAUUUCCCUCGUCCGCUGGGUGGCGGUCAUUUUGAGCUCUCCAGUCUGUACUUCAAGUCAGAAGCUCCGGAGCGUGAGGUGACGAUCAAAAAUGCGCUAGAGAAGUGGUUCCUGAUGCUCAGAGGCGCGUCCGAAGCUUGAGGACCAGCAGCUGACCGAAUCGGGGCCUCUGAGCCUCGCAGACUCAGCUCCAAUCACAGUGGCCGCUGGCCAGUGGCCGCCCUGAGGCGCCCCGCUGAGGAUAUGAACUUUGCAGACAUGGCCAUUGUCUUCUCCCAGGAGGAGUGGGGGCUCCUUGGUGAGGCUCAGAGACUGCUGUACUAUGAUGUGAUGCUGGAAAUCUUUGCCCUUGUAGCAUCUGUGGGUUGUUGGCAUAAGAUGGAAGAUGAAGAGGCCCUUGCUGAGCAGAUUGUAUCUAUAGAAGGAGAAUCACAGGUAAGGGUUUCUACAACAACUCCAGCAAUGCAGAAGACCCAUCCCUGUGAGCAGUGUGUCUCAGCCUUGAAAACUAUUUUGCACCUGACUGAGUUCCAAGCGGCGUACCUUGAGCAGAAAGCAUUCUUCAGUGACGUGUGUGUGAGAGGCUUCUGUUUCAGUGCAAACUUUCACCAGCAACCAAGGCCUGCGAGGGGAGAAAAUCCCUGGAAAAAAGAUAUGGACAGGGCCUGGUUUGUGACUAGGUGCAGGUGCUAUGUAUCAAGGGCACUUUUCACUGGUAGAGAGGUUGAGAAGGACUUCCCAGCCAUCUUAGGCCUUCUCCAACACCAGGCCACUCGCAACAGUGAAGAGCCACGCAGUUGUGGUGAGAGUUGGCAGGCCUUUCAUGGUGGAAAAGGUCAUCACCGGUGGGGCGAACGUGAAGUAGUUACCAGCGACAACCACAGUGUCGUUCAUUGUCAUGGUAUCUGCUCAGGAGAGUGGCUUUAUGAGUGUAGCAAAUGUGGGAAAGCCUUUAGACAAAUCUUUCACCUCAUUCGACAUAGGAGAGUUCACAUGGGAGAAAAGCGGUAUGAGUGCACUAUUUGUGGGAAGUGCUUUAACCGCAAAUUUUCCUUUAUUCAACAUCAAAGUGUUCACACAGGAGAAAAACCAUAUGAGUGCAGUGUUUGUGGUAAAUGCUUCAGCUGCAAAUAUAUCCUUAUUCAACAUCAGAGACUUCACACUGGAGAAAAGCCUUAUGAAUGCAGUGUUUGUGGAAAAUGCUUUAGCUACAAAUUUAAUCUCAGUAAACACCAGAAAAUUCAUGUCGGUAAAAAGCCCCAUCAGUGCAGUGAUUGUGGAAAGUCCUUCGGUGAAAGCUCUGCUCUCAUUCAACACAAAAGGGUUCACACUGGAGAAAAGCCAUAUGAGUGUAGUUACUGUGGGAAGCCCUUCAGACAAACCUCCAGUCUCAUUCAACACUAUAGAAUUCACACAGGAGAAAAGCAGUAUGAGUGCAGUGUUUGUGGGAAAUGCUUUCACCGCAAAUUUAACCUAAUUCGACAUCAAAGAAUUCACACUGGAGAAAAGCCAUAUGAGUGUAGAGAUUGUGGGAAGUUCUUCAGCCGAAGCUGUAAGCUCAUUGAACAUCAGAGAAGCCAUACUGGUGAAAAGCUGAAUGAGUGCAGUGUUUGUGGGAAAUACAUUCGCCACAAAUUUAACCUCAUUCAACAUCAGAGAAUUCACACUGGUGAAAAGCCAUAUGAGUGCAGUGAUUGUGGGAAGUCUUUCAACCAAAGUUCUGCCCUCAUUCAACAUCAGAGAGUUCACACUGGAGAAAAGCCUUAUGAGUGUAGCAAUUGUGGGAAAUGCUUUAACUACAAAUACAUACUCAUUCAACACCAGAAAAUUCACAGUGGAGAAAAGCCAUAUGAGUGCAGUGAUUGUGGAAAAUGCUUUAGCUACAAAUACAUACUCAUUCAACACCAGAGAAUUCACACUGGAGAAAAGCCAUAUGAGUGUAGUGAUUGUGGAAAGUUCUUCCGCCAUAGCUCUGGCCUCAUUCAACACCAGAGAGUUCAUACUGGAGAAAAGCCAUAUGAGUGUAGUGAUUGUGGGAAAUGGUUUAGCUACAAAUAUGUACUCAAUAACCACCAGAGAAUUCACACUGGAGAAAAGCCGUAUGAGUGUAUUGAUUGUGGAAAGUCCUUCAGCCAAAGCUCUGCCCUUAUUCAACACCACAGAGUUCAUACUGGAAAAAAGCCUUAUGAGUGUAGUGAAUGUGGGAAAUCCUUUAGACGACGCAGCCAACUUGUUCAGCACUGUCGAGUUCAUUCUGGAGAAAAGCCUUAUGAGUGUGAGGAAUGCGGGAAAUACUUUAGCUAUACAUCUAACCUCAUUCAACACCAGAAAGUUCACGUGGAGAAAGACCUUAUGAGUGUAGUGAAUGUGGGAAGUCUUUUGGCCACAAAUCUCACCUUCUUCGGCACCAGAGAGUUCACACUGGAGAAAAGCCCUAUCAGUGUAGUGAUUGUGGGAAGUCUUUCAGCACAAGCUCUUCCCUCAUUCAACACCAGAAAAUUCACUCUGGAGAAAAGCGGUAUGAAUGUAGUGAUUGUGGGAAGGCUUUUAGCCAGAGCUUUAAACUCAUUGAACACCUCAGGUGUCACACUGGUGAAAGGCCUUACAAAUGUAGUGAAUGUGGGAAGUCCUUUAGACAACGCUCUAGCCUUUUCCGACACCGCAGAAUUCACACUGGAAAAAAACCUUAUUAGUGAAGCAAAUAUGAGAAAACCUUUGGACAAAAUUGUAACCUCAUUUGACAUUAAGAAAGAUCAUACCAGAGAAAUGCCUUAUGACUAUAAUGACUGGCAAGUCCUUUUGACAUCCCCCGAAGUUGUCCACAUCAUCAAGUUCAUUCUGCAGAAAAUCUUUAUGAAUGUGACAUAUGAGGGACAUCUUUUAGCAUUCCUCUAGCCUCAUGGAUCACUACAAAGUUCACCCUGGAGAAAAGCUGUAUGAGUGUAAUGAAUGUUGAAAUCCUUCAGCCAAACCUCUAUCCUUAUUGAACACCAGAGAGUUCACACUGGUCUAAGGUCUUACAAAUGUAGUAUAUGAAGGAAGUCCUUUAGAAAUAGCUGUAGCCUUUUUGACACCACACGCUGUAGACUGGAGAAAAGCUUAUGAGUGCAGCAAAUAUUUUUAAAAAGCACCCUGACUGGUGUGACUCAGUGGUUGUGUGUUGUACCAUAAGCCAAAAGGUUGCUGGGUCAGUUCCCAGUCAGGGCACAUGCUUGGAUGGAUUGUAGCCCAGGUCCCUAGUUGGGAGCAUGUGAGAGGCAACUGAUUGAUGUUUCUCUUCCUUUCUCUCUCCCUCCUCUUCCCUUCUCUCUAACAAAUAAUUAAAUAAUUACUUGUUAUUUAACAAGUCAUUAAUAAAAUAUUUAAAAUAUUUUAAUAUUUUAAAAAAUGUCCAAUACACCUUAAACAAGUUUUUAACCUGAUUUUACAUAGGAAAGCUCACACCUGAGGAAUGCCUUAUGAGGGUAGUGACUGUGAUAAGUGCAGUGCGGAAAACUCUAGCCUCGCUGAUCACUGGAGAGUUCACACUGGAGAAAAGCUGUGUGAAUGCAGUCUUUGUGAAAAGUGCUGUAGUCACAAAUCUACCCUGAUGCAACACCAGAGAAUUCAUACUGACAAAAGAAAUGUGCACUGAAUGUGCAAAAUCCUAUAGACAACACUGCACCUUAUUCAACACUGUCAAGUUCACUCUCAAAUCUCACCUCUUUAUACAUACACUGGGGAGCUUACAAUGAAGAAAAGCCUUAAAUAUGCUUGGAAUGUUUUAUUUCCUCACUCUUUAUAACAGCACUGGAAGAGACUCUUUGUAACCAUUUACCUAAAUUUAAAUUUCUUUUAGUGGAAUGUACACUGUGUUAGAUUUCUCAUCAUUUCUAGGAAGAAGUGAGGCUUUAAGAAGUUGUACUUUCUAACCUGAACUGUGUUAUCACCAGAUUGAUGUCAGUGCCAGUUUUUCUGAGUAAAGCCAUUUUAUUUUUAAACCUGGUUCACCUGCAAAGUGUGUGUCAGUCACAACUGCAACGUACUCAGGGAAACUGACCCCAGUGUUCUCAUUUGCUCAAGGGAAUUAUGAAUACUCCAAGCUCCUGGCAUGAUCCUCAUUCCUUUCUGUCUGACCAGGGACUGCAACUGACCCAUAUGGUUCAGCAGACCCAUCCUCAGCUAAGAAGGACUUUUUCUCUCAAGGACAUUGUUAUCGUUAUGCUGGGCUGAAUAGUUCUAAGUUCUCAUUCACCAACCUGUAACUUUGUAAACUGCUUGCUGUUCACUGCUUUUGAUGAUUUCUUUUUUUGUGAAGGUCCUUUCGCUUUUGUACCUUUAAUGUUGGUGGUUGUAUUAAGUGGGUGGGAUGACUGGAAAGGAGAAUUGUGAUCUGUCAGCACGUAGAAGUGAAUAAAUAUUGUGGAGAUCCAAGACUUCUGUGCUUUGGAAGGUAAGGUAUGAUGGCAAAAAUCACUCUGUUCAAUAUAAGUUUUGUAAUUAUACCCAAGGCCUUGAAAGAAAGAAUGCAUGACUUUGUGGUCCUCAUUUGUAGCCUGGUACCAUCAUUAUUGGGGAGGUCAAAGGUCACCCUAAGGAGGAGGCUUUUGUUGUGCUUCUGUGAACAAAAUGGAUUCUUUUGCUUUGUUUACAUUUAUAUUACAUAAUUCCCAGCAAUGUUGAAGGGACGUACUCCAUGGGUUGUGCAAGGAGCCAUGUGCCAUGACGUGCAAAAUUUCAUGGAUUGGUGUCAUUUGUUAUAAAACUGGGUUACGUGGAACCACAAUUGAGACAGAAACACUGUAUUAAUAGGGAAUGGAAGAGACUGCAGUAAAUUAGAUGGAAGGUACCUCUUCUGAAUGUUCAUCCACAAAUGUUUCAGGAACUAUGGCUCAUGUGACCUGUGUGCACAGUAUUCUGAGGCCCUCCAUAACUAUUUCCUCUAGCUAAGGUCAUCGGCAGAGAAAGUAAUCUAAUGGUUUGUGGUCUUCCCCUAGCCUCUCUGGGGUGUUCAUCUCAGGGUCAUUGCUCUACAGGCAAGAGAACGACACUAGAGAGAAGGGUGAUCUUAAAGUCAGUCCUAGGAUGUGCCCUUUGUGAUCCAGCCAGCAUGGCUGUUGAUUCAGAAUGCAAUAGUCUUCACUACUUGCCAGUAUUUUUUAAAAAGACUGUAUGUUUAUUUUUUGAGAAAGGAGAAUGGAGAGAGAAAGAGAGGUUGAGAAAUAUCAAUGCGAGAAACAUCAAUUGGUUGUCUUCCCUAUGCUCCUCCAAGAGGGGACCAUGCCAGCAUCACAGGUGUGUUUCCUGACCAGGAAUCACUCUGGUGACCUUUCACUUAGUAGAAUGAUGCCCGAGCGACUGAGCGCCUUAGAGCUGCUUGCCAGUAUUUAGUGCCACUGAGGCAAGGCUGCCUCUCACGGUAUAUGAAAAGAAAGGAGGUAGAGUUUCUGUACCAUUGAAAACCUGAUUUUUUUACAACCUAA